AUGCCUUCAACCUCGCACAAAGGCAUAAAGAGCAUCGGUGUUGUCGGAGCCGGCAACAUGGGAUCCAUGAUGACACUCCGGUUUGCUGAGCUGGGCCUCGAAGUCUCAGUAUGGGACAUUGAGAAGAAAAAUGUCGACCAAGUUGUGGACUAUGCAAAGAAAGACCAGAAUAUUAAAGGUCGAGUCCUGGGCUUCUAUGACAUCAACCAAUUCACCAAGAGCCUCGAGGGCAAAUCCGAUCGCAAGCUAUUCAUGUUCUCCAUCACCCACGGUGAACCUGCAGAUGAAGUUCUUCAAAUGAUCAAGUCAGAUCUCAAACAGGGCGAUAUCAUCCUCGACGGCGGAAACGAGAACUACCGCAGGACUGAGCGUCGGCAAAGAGAGUGCGAAGCUAUCGGUGUCACCUGGAUUGGAAUGGGUGUUUCGGGUGGAUAUCAGUCUGCUCGACGCGGACCGAGUUUGUCGCCUGGCGGUGAUGCCAAGGCUCUUGAACUUGUCAUGCCUUUCUUGGAAUCUUAUGCUGCGAAGGAUGCUAAGACUGGUACACCCUGUGUGAAGCGGAUGGGACCAGGUGGCUCUGGGCAUUUCAUCAAGAUGGUCCACAAUGGCAUUGAGGGUGGUAUGCUGUCUGUUCUUGCUGAGGCUUGGUCUUAUAUGCAUGAUGGACUUGGCAUGGAGCAUAGCAAGAUUGGAGAUGUGUUUGCCAAGUGGAAUUCAUCUGGUGAAUUGCGGAACAACUUCCUCAUUCACAUUGGUGACAAGAUUCUUCAUACUAGGAGAACCCCUCAGGGUGACCAGAAGGGUGAAGGUGCCAGUCGUGAUGAUGGAUAUGUGAUUGAUGAUGUUCUUGACAAGGUUGUUCAGGACGAUGAUAAUACUGAAGGUACACCCCUUUGGUGUCUCAUGGAGUCUGCUUCUCGUCAUGUCUCCUGUCCCACAUUAGCCGCUGCUCAUUAUAUGAGGAUUUCCAGCGGUAACCGUCUGGAAAGAGUGCGUGCUGCAAAGAAAUUGGAGAUGCCCAUGCCGAAACCAAUUGAGGGAAUUCGCGAUUAUACCGAGAUUAUCGAGAACUUGCGCCAAGCUGUCUACUGCUCUUUCCUGGCAUCGUUCUGUCAAGGUCUGGAGUUGAUUUCUCGUGCUUCCAUUGACGAGGGUUGGAACGUCAACUUAGGAGAUUGUCUCCAGAUCUGGCGUGCUGGGUGUAUCAUCCAGUCUGACCACAUCGCAGAUCUACUGCAGCCCCCACUUGCCGCUCACAACGAACUCACAAAUGCCAAGUUUGUUGACUCAGUUGCGCACGAGCUGCACCAGAGCUUCCAUGGCUUGAAAGAGGUUGUCAUGGAGGGAACAUAUUCUGAUCAAUAUAUUCCUGCGCUUUCGGCUACCCUGGAAUAUCUGAAGUAUGAGGGUGGAUUGAGUCUGCCAACCAAGUUCAUGGAGGCUCAGAUGGAUUACUUUGGUGCUCAUAACUAUAACAAGCCAGGUAUUCCAGGUGAGGAUCCCGGCCCUGUUCAUAAGGGUCCCCACCAUUAUGAGUGGCUGCCGGCGUAA